CUCCGCGCUCAACCUGAAUGCAACCCUCCAGCCAUCGGCGAGCAAGACGAACCCCUGGCAGCCGAACGUCUGCGAGUACGAGGAGACGACGCCGCAGUGCCGAUUGCGGGUCAAGCGCGACAUCAUGGACCUCCUCAACGACCCGCCGCCGGGAGUGUACGUCGCGCCGGCGGAGCACAAUAUCACCGCGAUGGACGCGCUGGUGCUGGGCCCCGAUGACACGCCGUACGAGGGCGGGUUUUUUCACUUCGUGAUACAGUGCCCGCCCGAUUACCCGAUCAAGCCACCACGCGUUCGCUUCAUGACCACCGGCUACGGCUGCGUGCGCUUCAACCCGAACCUGUACGAGUGUGGCAAGGUGUGCCUCAGCAUACUGGGCACCUGGACAGGGCCAGCCUGGAGCCCCGCGCAAUGCAUCGCCAGUGUUCUCCUCUCGAUCCAGUCGCUGCUCUGUGAAAACCCGUACCACAACGAGCCAGGCUACGAGACCGAGAGGCGGCCGGGGGACUCCAAGCGGUACAACCUCAUCGUGCAGCACGAGACAAUCCGCGUGGCCGUGUGCGACGCCAUCGAGGCCUGCCUCAACGGAUCUUCGACUUGUCCAGCUCCCCUGAGGGAGGUCAUGCUCAAGACAUUCCCGGACUACUACGACAAGUACGAGGCAGUUGUCGUGUCCAACAAAGAUCUAACGGGCAUGUUCAUGGACGAUCCGUUUGGCGCCAAGAGGGGCCAGUUUCAGUACAAGACUUUGCUCGAGAGACUGCAGGCGUUGAAAGGACGAGUGCAAGAGUGGUUAAAUGCUACGCGUGAACGGAGCGAAUGA